AUGUUUGCAGAGUGCUCACGCUCUGAGUAUCUGCAUGCAUCCUAUCGCAUCUUAUGCGUCAACUUGGAAGCCACCGCGUCCUCCCUUCUCCUGGACUCUGCUCGGCCCCUGCGCGCGGCUCUGGGCCGCCUGCGCCCCCAGCAAGCCGGCGGCCUGGCGGAGGCCGCGUCGGCAGCAUCGGUGGGGAUCAGCGUCGGCACGAUGCUUGUUCCGCACGUCUUGGGUGCCUCGAUCUCAGCCGCUGGCUGCUUCUACAUCACGCAGCAGGUCAGCCGUGUUUCACAAGAACUUGGCGCAGAGUCUGCUCACACCAGAGGGCGCGUGGACUCUCUGAGUGUGGCUGUUCGGGCACUUUCUGAGGAGGUGCGUGAUGCCAGCCGGGCAAUGACAGCUGGUUUCGCCGACUUGUCCGCGUUCCUGCAGAGGCAGAACGUGGACAACAUCCUCCGUCGGGCGCGGGCUGGCCACAAGCAGCUGACGGACGACUUGGAGGUGUUUUUCGCGCGCCCUUCUGCAGAUCAUGUGCUGAUGCUCCGGGAAGGUGCCCGCGGGCUCCGCGGAGCCUUGGCCGAGGUGCUGGAGCUCAACUCGGAGUUAGAGGAGGCCGGCGCAGAAGCUGCAGACCUUGCAAGGCUGCUGGAGGUUCUCCUUUCAGGGAGCAGAUUAGCGUUGUUGGCUGACGCACUGGUCGAUGAGGAGUCCGCAGCCUUGCGCGCCGGCCAGGCCUUCGCCCGGAUAGCGCCGGCCGUCGGCCGCUUCUACUGGAAGCACGUGGGCGAUGGUGACGACAAGCCGUGGCGAGAGACGAUCGAUGCCCUCCGUUCUCGUUUUCUGGCCAUUGUCUUUGCUGUAGCCUCGGGCCCGGCACACGUGGCGGAGAACCCAUUCGGCCGGCUGGCGUUCAGCGCCCCACACGAUCGGCUCUAUGCCGGGCUCUUUGUGGAACCAAGGAGCCUGGAACUCCGCAUCUCCUUGGCGCUGCAGCUUGUAGCACCAGGAUCUUCAGCCAGCCAGGUUGCUGUUCCCUCGCAUCCGUGGAUGGCCAUCGAUGAUAAUGUCGGUAGCCAUGACGGCGACGUGGCCUCGGAUGACCUCUUCUUGCAGGGCCUGGCGCGGCUGGUCCCAGUUCCAGGCAGUGAGGUGGAUCCCAGCUCCACCGCGCAGCUCUGGAACCGCCUGGUGCUGGACGGGGCAGACUUAGCUUCUGCACUGAAGUCCUUCAGUGGACAAGAGAAUCGCUUGCCGGAGUCCGCGUGGCGUGGCCUCUCAGAUGCUGCAAGGGCACAUCGGUUGGUGCCCUUGGCCCUUGCCCUUCACGGCUCCUUUGUGCUGCCGGGUGCUUUGGCCGAGGAACUGCAGGCCUGGCUUGCCGGAGUCGCCACUGUCCAAGAUCUCGAGCUUGCACAAGGCUCUGUGUCGUCCUCGGUGGCGCUGCAGCAGAUGGCGCAUGCCUUGGUUCAUGACACACGCAGCAUGGAGGAGUUGCUGCAGAAAUCCCGAGACGUCUUCGACGCCUUGACUUCCAUGCUGCAGAUUGCACUGGCUCACCUAAGCCCUGCGGAGCAGGAGUCCGUAAGGGAGUUGCGCAGCGCUCUGGACAAAGACUUGGAUGCCCUGAACGUGCAGACUCGGUAUGUGGUCCUGGGAGGCCUAGUGUCGGCUGGCAAAACCAGCCUGGUCAAUGCGCUGUUGCUCGUAGCAGUCGCAGGCGCGCGCGAGGAGCUGAAGGAGGAUCGCGGAGGGCAGUUGAACUUGAUGCCCACGUCCUUCAAUGAGAACACCCGCAUCGUCACAGAGCUUGAGCUCAGCCCUUCCUGCACGGCCAUCGAGAUUCGGCUCCUAGAGAGCCUGCCGCAGACGGCAGAGCACCCGCCCUCCCUGGAGGUCGACAACGAGAUGCGUCUGCACACCCCGCAAAAUUUCAGGCUUUGCGAGGGCUACCCUGUCAUCCUUUCCGGACCGCGACCUCUCCGGCGUUUGCAAAAGCAUCUUCGAGAGCUCUGCGCAGCGGAGGCGCCGGCAGGUCAUCGGCGCCUUCAUGUGGUGUUACCCAGCCGGAACUUGGAUCGUGCGCUUUCGAUCAUCGAUACCCCCGGCUUGGACAGCCCAUCCGUGUGGCAGCAGGUUUCCGACUUGGUGCAGUCGAAGGCCUUCCUCUUCUUGUGGGUGGCCUCCUGGGAUUCGACCUCUGCAUUCGGUCUUCAAGGCCACCACCUCAUGGAACUGUACAGGCGCAGUGGGCAGCCGCUCCCUCCAGUGCUGGUCUUGACGAAGUGGGAUCGCUUGAAGUCCCUGCCAGAGUUCUUCGACGACCCUGUUGCCUUGGCGAGUCAGGUCCGACAGCGACUGACACAGCUCCGUCGCGGUACAGCGCCGCGCGCUGCACGCCACGUGCAGUGCUCUGCAGCUGACAUUGAGGUCAUCAUCUCGGCUUUGACACCCUGCUGGGAGGCUUCCGAGACAGGUGCCCAGCAGCACUGGAGGCUGGGCUGCCCCAUUGUGAUUGGGAGUCAGACACUACCACAGCACAGCGAGCUCCAGAUGGAUGACGGCCCGGAGGAGGGUCCUGCGAACGCUGCUGAGUAUUUGCGCUCGCUGCCACUCCCGGCAACCUUGCGCUUCACAACUGCUGAGGGUGAUGCGCCCCUGCUCCUUGCUGCCACGAACGCCUCAUCUGCCCUGCAGGCUGCUCGCAGCGCCAGAAUGAAGGAAGCUGAGGAGGAUGUCACGAAGCUCUGGCAUGCCCUGUUGCCUCUGCUCAGCGGCAUGUCGGAGCCGUUGCGCAUCAACCGACGGCUGCACAAGAUCGUGGUCGCCACGCAGCAUGCCAUCAACAUCCUGCUCAAAGAUGACGAGAAGGCCACAGUAUUCCCACGUAGCGGCGGGGAGCUGCUUGCCGCGCGCGACCGCGUGGUGCAGAGCUUCCGGCAGCGCCUCGAGGGAUACUUUUCGGGCCUUCCGGCAGGCCCUCAAGACUUGGCGACGUAUCUGCCACCAUCCGGCUUGGAGCGUGAAGAAUGCGCGACCUGUUUGAUCCAGGACUUCCUUGCGCAGGCGCACGAAGCGGCCAAGGCAGAGAAGAGUCAGUUCAGGUACGUAAAAGCUGUUGCGAGCCUGGUCCUCGAAAAAUGGCAAGGGAAGUUCCUCGAGAACAUGAUAAGACUGGAGCAGCAGUGCCUGGUGGAACUGCAGCGGCAGAUCAGUGAGCUGAUGCAGAUGCGCGGCGUGAUCAGGCACGAAGCCUGGGGCGCUUCCCUCCGCGGCAUGAUGGCUCCUUCCUUGGAGGCCCUUGGGGCUGGUGGUGCAGUCGGUUAUGCUGUGGGGCUCCUCCUCGAGGUCUCCGUGGGCGCCUCCCUGGGCCUGGGACUCUCCUUAGGGGUGGCGUUUGCAGUGGCAGCUUUGUUCGGCCAGGACUCCGACUUGGGCCGGAAUCUGGGGCUUUGGUCCUACGCAGAUGGCCAGCAGCGGGCGAUCCAGACUGUCUUGGACAAUUUGAACCGACCUGACUACCAAGCGCAAGCCAAGCAGAUAGUCCUGGAGGAGUUCGAGAGGCGCCUGGCGGCCUGUAUGGAGCAGCUCGCGGACCUCCGUGACGCAUCGCAGUCGAGUCGUGAAGAGGCACAAGCUGCGAUUUCAAUCCAGGCGCGUGUUGCGUCGGCACAGCAAUCGCUUACGAUCUGGUUUAACCGCUUUGUCUCUGACCAGCUGGGCCGUGACCCAUGGCUUGUGCCACCACCGGACGAUCUCAGAGCAGCCCUGGCACAGAGGACACCUGCAGCUUCUGAUGCCGACAGCAGCGACUCGCAGGAAGAAGCAGCCCCGGAAAAUGGCAUGUCUGGGGACAAUCACACAGUUAGCGCACGCAUGCAAUGGUUUGCGGAAGCUGUCCGUUUACGGGCGUUGGAGGCCGUGGAGCGUUGGUUCGUGAUACAGGCCUACUACUUGUGGUGGCCAAUGCGUGCGUCGCAGUACGAUGCUGAGAUGGCCGGGCUUAGGCAGGUUCAGUUUCUCUACAGGCUGGUGUACCGUGGAAACGGUCCCGUUCAAGGAAGCAUCUGCCGUGCUGUUGCGGUACUCUCCGAGGGCCCAUGCACAGCUACGCAGCAGGCCUUUCUUGCGGCCCGGGUGCAGGACGGCGAGAAAGAGGUUGGUGCGGUGGAGAUCUCAGAGCACAUUUACGGAUUGAUGGCACAGGCACUCCGCGACCUGCCCCAGGACCAUGGCUACGAAGUUUUUGGCAUUGGGCCGUUUGAUUGUAAAGAAUUGUUUUCGAAGGGCAAAUGUGACGAGUGCGCCAGCAAUGCAACAGACUUCGGGGAUUACAAGGGGCAUACUGAAGGUGUGGAAUGGCUCAUCUCCUUUCGAAAUCGGCUUUGGGGCCGGACGUGGCCGCCCUCCAUGCUCUCGCCGAAGGUCCGAGCGCUUAGCGAGUGCUUAGCGAGUGCUUGCCAAGGCUUUGUGGAGCCACUCAGAACUGGGGACCAGUCCGACGAUGGCGGGGAAGUCAGAAGCAUCGAGGUUGAGAUGCCCUCGUUGGGUAGGGAGCUUGAGGAGAAGCUGGAGACGCUGCGCCGGCAGUUUGAGUUGGAUCUUGGACAGGUCCGCGAGCGACUGCAGGCCUUGGAAGCUCGUAAGCACCCAGACCUCGGCAACAGCAACGUCGGCGCCGAGGGGGCGACGAUGGACAAUUGCAAGGUUGAUGUGAACGAGUUGGCACCACAGAAAGAGGCCAACUCUGGAGAAGCAGACUUAGAGUCUACCGACGUGUAUUUCGAGGAAAGCGCAUGGAGCAUCCCGGUCUUGGCUGGCAUCGUUGACAUCGAUGUGGGUGGCUUUGACCGUGUCUUUGGUGGCAUUCUGGUCUUGCUCAACUUUGGGAUGCAAGCUGCAUUUUCCUGGGUGCUCCUUACGGAUGCGUUCAUUGGUGAGCCAUUCGAGACACGUGUGGAGAGCGCGAAAAUCUGGCGGACCAGUGUCGCGCACGACUACAAGUACAUGGACCUGGCAGACACAAGCUUGGUGUCCCGAGUUUGCAAAGGUGACGGGGCACUGAUCCUGUCCACUACACAGGCAACCCUGAUCCAUCAGAUCAACAGCUUCCUCGGCCUAGACAAGGGGCAGUUCGACCACUCAUUGUUCCAGCCCGGCGUCCUUCUCAGCAUGAUCUGCAUAAUUUUGUGGACGCUCUGCGUGUACAAGGAGUUCCGUCGGAUUUGGCUGCAGUUAGAGGCUGUUUGGGGUCUUCCCAAGCAGCAGAGAACCGUUUUCCGAGACAAUGCUUUCGUCAGCAUGUCAUGGGGGCGAUUCUGUUUACUCCUGGCCACCUUCCUUUCACGUAGCUUGAUUGCUACUGUUUUGCUGUUUGCUGGGAUACUCUGGCUUGCCCGCACCACUUCGAUUGAAGAGUUGAUGUUGAACGCCGUGGCUCUCAAUGCCAUCCUGGAUGUGGAUGAGUUCUUAUUUGCUGGCAUGACACCCAUCAAGAUCCAGCACGCUUUGCAGAAUUUGAAGCCUAUACAGGUGAAGUACAGCCGCCGUCGCAGUCAGUCUGAAUCCGUAGUACAUCUUGCAUCCUUGUUUGUGCUUGUGUUCCUGUCAUACUAUCUCUUGUUGUCGCCCUUGAGCGAGACCAUGCUAGCGGUAAAGAACGAGCUCUGCGGAGGAGACCAAGCCUUUGUAGUUUCUUAUAACACCGACACCCAGCAGACCUUCGCACUCAACACGGCAGAGACCCGUGACUAUCACAUUCUCUCUGCCAGUGAGAUCGCGGUGCAGAAUCAUAAAGCUGUGUCGCCUGAAACCACCCCCGGUUCUGCACCCGUGUAUCUCACAUUUUCUGCCAACAAAGACUUAUUUCAGGCGGACAGAACCAAAAGCAUGGCCCAAGAAGCCGCUAUGACACCCUUCUGCGUGGAGACCGUCACACAACCUGGCAAUCCACUCUACAACGAUCCCAGCAUGCAACUCAUGGCUGAGCAGCGAAUUGGCAUGGCUGCUCUGAGUGUUGGGCGUGCAGAUGCACGCAACUGCUCAGAGCUGGCUGACCUGUGUGACAGCUUCGACGGGCGUCUCCUGCGGCUCAUAUGCGGUGACACCUGUGGAUGUUUGAGCCCGUAUAGCUCUGCCUGGUACAAGGUCGAAGCUCAAGGCUGCGCUACUGCUUGCCUAAGAGUUGCGCAGAUGAGACUGCAAAAUGGCACUUGUCAGGACAUGCCACCGGAUGAGGACUGGCGAUCAUUCUGGACUCUAUAUCCUUCGGUACUUUCUUCAUUCUAUGGACGCGACGUGACACAAACGACGUUUUAUUUGAAUAUGAACCGAACGAUCCAUUCGAUGCUAGCUGGUGGCUGCCCAGCUCUUGCACAAGAUCCAGUUGAGUUUCUGACCGGUGCCUCUUGGUGCCAAGGCAUGCCAUCUUUGUUUCGGCCACUUGCUGUGGUGUGCCCUGUGACAUGUGGCUGCAACACAGCCGAUGCAGAGCUUCCUAGCUAUUGCCCACCGAGUUGCAUGAGGCCGCCUGGCAGCAACUCUUCCGCGUAA